CGCAAACAUGGGCCAAUACUGGUGCUUGCGCGAUAUGGAUGCGCGCACCAGCAUGUACCUUGGAAAGCUGGGGGAGAGCUACUUUGGAAUGGGCGAAGAAUUGCACAAGAUGCUUUGCCGAGUUCCUAUCCCCGCUUCAAUCACUCUGCAUCUGAAGGAAGACCGGAGCACGGACUCACGUUCGAUGUCGAUCGACAGAGCCUCCCAAGCUGGGAUGCCCUACUUGCGCAGGGCUAUAUUCAAACGCUUCGCUCCGUCCGCCGAGCACCGUCUAAUCUGCGUCGGCGAUUACACCGAGCCAGAUGACAUUCCUCCUGGUCUGCAGCUCACCGAGGAAGAAAAGGAGGAACUCGAUGGAACGGUGGAAGACGAAGACGACGGGGAGGAAUACUGCGCCACUCUGUCCAACAUCCCUUCGGAAGGCUCUAUCGAGCGACGCGACCUGGAGUCUGUCCUGUUCGGCGAAUCUCGCUGGAAGUGGCAUGUUUACUACAUUCCUGGUCUUACUGGCGUCAUGCACAAGUUGAUACCGACGAGGCCAUCCGAAGUCGACCCGACCCUUGUCCUUCGCAAUCUCUCCAAACGACAGUAUGUUCGCGGCGAGGCGAUGAAGGAGUUUAGCCAGACGGUGAUUCCUGGGCGUAACGGUAGCGAAGGCAUGGUGCCAUGCCUCGCGGAUGCCAUCAUGCCACGGGUGUGCUGGGCCUCAGACGGAAGCACAAGCCUCAACUACGAGGGCCCACUGCAAGUCCAUCGUGGGGUUUGGGCCGGAAACCGCUUCGACAUCGUGCCCCAGAGCAUCUUUAUGGCGGAGUGCAAGGACAGCGAUCAGCCGUGGACUGACGUUUCUGCGGAGGUCAUCGCCGAAGUCGAGGCGAUCUGGGUUGCCGAGGAAAUGCUCAAACGUCGGGAGGACACGAACCGCCCGGAACAAGGGUCCUCAGCGUACAGCGAUGUGAUUUCUCGGCUGAGGGUGACAUAUUUGCGGACUAUAACGCCUUCCGCCAUCCAGAUGGCUUCGACCUCCUUCAAGACUUCGUCGGACACAUCUGUCCACGAAGACCCCUUCCGCUCCACUUCGAAAGUUCCUUCAUCGACAAUGUCGAAGCGGUCCCCGGCCCACACACCGCGAUGUAGAGGCCCGUCGUAUGGCAUCGCAGUGCUUCUAUCUGAGGACCAGCAGAUACGGGCCAUCGCAGCGUCCGCGAGGCGAACCCGUCCUGGAGGAUAUGACCCAGGCGCGCUCUCGUGCUCCUCGUUGAAGCGGAGAACGGCGGAGCCGGUGACAUACGCGUGGCGGGAGAGAUUCCUGAGCACCAGCCCAGUAUCGUCUUGGGGUACACGGGGCCGGUUGGGAAAAAGUUGACGCAAUACCUUGCAAAUCGUCAUGUAUUCCGCGUGGAACCGGUCGUAAUAAAGUGCGUCUUGAAGUCGCUGAAAGAUAGCCAUCGAAAUAUAGCCUUCUGGAUUAGAGGCCUCCGUCCCCUCGUAGAAGCGAUGAAAUCCGUUUCUCCGGCUUGCGAAUUC